CUGGAAUCGCACAAAUGCGAAGGCAUCGGUCGUAGCAACACGAACUCUGACGACGUGAGAGGUCCUCAGAGUUAACACAACAUCGCAUCAUGAGCAAGUCAUUACAAGAACUAUGUGCCCUGGUGGUUGAGGACACCUGUGGCCUCCUGGCCUCCCAAAUCUUCUCGACUCUAGCGCAAAAAGGCCGCCACACCGUCUUCGAACUCCGACGCGAACACCCGCACAUAAGCCUGCGGCACAUGCGACAGGCUCUUACUACUCUCUUGCAGAAACACAUCAUCCUAUACCACGAGAUCGAAGAUGGGCCCACCUUUUACCACGCCGACUGGCGAGACCCGGCCCGAUUAUUUCGUGGCCCUCUCAUCGUCGCACUCGUAGCGGAACGACAUGGCGAGGGAGCCUCGAAGAUUGUCAGCAACCUUCUCGAGCUUGGGCAUGCCAGAGUGGGUGACCUCGCACAGGCCUUCGACCUCACGCCAACCUCGAAACGGGACAGUGGGUAUGAGAGCUGCAAUGGGUAUGUUAAUGGAGCAGGCAUGGUCAAUGGAGAUGUGCACAAGACGAAGGGCGACAAGAUCGUGACGGUUGGGCAGUUUCACAAUACGCUCCGCGCGCUGCUGAAGGUAGGCUUCCUAGUCAAACGUGGGAAGCAAGCGUAUAUGCCAGCAGCAGAUCUACAGGCCCAGAUCGAAGCCGUUGUGAUCAGCGAACAGUUCCCAGAUGGUAAGAUCAAUGGCGCCAAGAAACAGACCGAAUUUCAGGCUGCGGUCAGGACACUCAAGCGCAAGCGACAAGAAGCGAACGAGUAUUCGGCUACGCGAGACAUUGAUUCUCGUAACCAGAUCAAGAGGCCCGGAAUACCCUCAGCUAAGCGCACGAAACUCAACGGCAGUAUGACCAAUGGUGCCCAUCACGGCGACGAUUUCGACGUGGACGACUCGGUUUCAAAGCUUCCGAGUGACUUGGUCUUGGAGGUCAAUUUCGCGCAACAUCCCAUAGUUCAUCGUAGCCAGCGACUCGAAGACCUUGCACAUGCUAGCCUUGGUGGGGUCACUGCAACGGUUUAUGCAGCACUGCUUCAGGUUCUCGAAACUCGAAUCCGCGCACGCGACGAUGACAUCCACGAGGACCAGGAUGAAGAGGACCGCGAGCAACGACUUCCAAGCGCCACUACGACAGAAAUUGCGGAUGUGCUCAAGGCUUGGGCCCCUAUCGAUCUCACUCUGGGCAUUUCUGGAGCUGCGAGCAUAUACAAAACCCCAGCAGCCGAGCGUGACAAGCCCAAAAAGGGUAAGAAGCGUAUCAUCCCCGAGGAGGAUUUCAGUGACAUCGGCAUCAAGAUGGAAAUGUAUUCCGAUGACGACGAGCCUCAUGAAGCCAACGGUUUCAAUUCUUAUCGCGACCAGAACAACAUGCUCUCGCUUCUCGAGGAGCAUCUGAAGAUCCUCGCCGAACAUCCCAAAGGCUUUUGUCGGCGCGUCGGAGGCGCGGGCCGCGGAGAGUGGAAAGUGGACUUCCCUGCGCUGACUGAUAAGCUCAUUGCUAGCGAAAUUGAUCAGACUGUGCAGGCGCGUCUCAGCAAAGUGCACGCCCUGGUCGUACGUAUGCUGCGAGACGUUGGUCGGCUAGACGACAAGGCCAUUGCUGCGCGCCUCAUGAUGCGCGUCAAAGAUGUUCGAGCAAUACUCACGCAGCUUCAAUUCAAUGGCCUCGUUGAGGGACAAGAGGUGCCCAAGGACAACUCGCGCCAACCGAGCCGAGCAAUAUACCUCUGGUAUCAUGAUCAGACACGAGUCGCAGCUCUUCUCUUACAGCAAUCUUACCAAGCUAUGUCGCGAAUACUGCAACGAUUGGCAGUCGAGCGGGUCGACAAAAAGGGCAUCAUCGAGAGAGCCGAAAUGAUGAAUACGAAGGAAGAGUCUCUUGGGCAGGUCGAACGGGAGCACCUCAUGCAGUGGCGCGAGGUUGAAGAAAGACUUAUGCUGCAAUUCAUACGGAUUGAUGAGCACGUUGCGCUUUUGCGGGACUUCUCUGGCAAGGAUACUAGUUUAACCUCAUGAUGCAUCAAAAAAUCGGCGCUGGGGGUGGUGGUUUCUACCCUUGGGCACCAAGGAACAGGGCAGGUUUAUUUGCUAUUUCUGUGCAUUGCGAAGGGCGUUUAGGCACUUGCUAGAAGAGGCUGAGGCUCUUCUUAUACUUUGCAUUCUCUAGGCGUCUUGUGUGGAGGAAAGCAGGCUACGAGACCAGGAAUGGGACUACGAACGAUUCUGGGACGGCAGAGGCGAAACGGCCCGAUCUCGCAUUGAGACUCUCGAUGUUGUUGUACAUGCGUCAGACAUGACAUGCAUGGUAAAAGCGUUGCUGAUAGAAAGAGCAAAAGCGAUACCAAUCAAAUUCUCCUGCUGUUUG